AUGAGUUUGGCCGCAAGCCAAUACUGCUCAGCACAGGAUUUACAGGUCGGAUUCUACGCAAACAAAUGCAUCGAAAGAUCAGGCUUUCUCGGUAUUUUUUCUCGUAAAUAUGAUGUUGAGAGAAUUGUAGCUGAUAAAGUCCGCGAUGCAUAUUAUUCGUCCAAGUACAGAAACAUCGUCCCUGCUCUCCUUCGUUUGCAGUUCCACGAUUGCUUUGUUUACGGCUGCGACGCUUCUAUUCUACUGGAUGGGCCGGAGACUGAGAAAAAUGCACCUCCAAAUCUAAGCGUGAGGGGAUACGAUCUUAUUGACGACAUAAAGGACGAGAUAGAGAAAAUUUGCCCUGGAAUAGUCUCUUGUGCUGACAUCAUUGCCAUGGCUACAAGGGAUGCCAUUUCACUCGCAGCUUUAAGGAGUUCGCGGGAGGAACCAUUUAGGUACGAUGUAGAAACAGGGAGAAGAGAUGGCAUUGUAUCUCGUGGUAGCGAUAUCGUUGAUCUGCCACCUCCAACAGCAACAGCCUCAAAUUCCAUUAAAGCCUUUCAGAAAAAGGGACUCACUGCCACUGACAUGGUUUAUCUUCUUGGCGGUCACAGCGUCGGAGUGACACAUUGCAAUGUCAUCGAGGAUCGUCUUUCGAACUUCAAUGACACCGGGAGACCAGACUCAACGAUGAACCAAGAUUUAGUUGAAAGUUUGAAUGAGUACUGCGCUAGAAAUCCAACCGGUCAAGUUAGCUUGGACCAGGGAACUCCGUCGAUUGUGGACAACUCAUUUUACAAGCAAUCAUUGUACUGGAACAAAGGAAUUCUUAAAGUGGACCAAGACAUAGUUUUCAACGAAGAAACGAGACGUACGGUUGUAGAAUUAGCAAGAGAUACUUAUAAACAGUUCAACGUGAAAUUUUGGCAGGCCAUGGUGAAGUUACAACGUGUGGGUGUUCUCACUUACCCGCAGGGGGAGAUUAGGCAAUCCUGCGCGCGGCGCGUCAGUUAA